CCCCCCCAAAAGCCUGCGUUUUAGCCCAAAAUCUCGUGGUUUUCGUUGCGAUUCGUCCCAGCAAGGGGAGGGAGAACGCGAAGCGAUGCCCGACGCGAUACCGGCCUGUUUCCGCGCGGCGGCGGUGGCGCCCGGUGGCCGGGCGUCGGCCGCGGCGUCGUCGGGGUCCGGCUCCGGGGCGGGGACCAGCCUCGCCACGUCGGUCUACGAGACGCGCCUAGGCCUGGCCGCGCUGUCCUGGUCGCGCGCCGCGCUCGGGCUCGCCCUCCGCGCCGUGCUCCGCGUCUCCGCGCCGUCCCCCUCCGCGGCGUCCGACUACGACGACGGCGAGGUGGAGUACGACGGGGAGGAGGAGGAGGCGACCGUAGCCGUGCGCGUACGGCCGUGGCUGCUCUGGCGGCGGCGCGGGUCGAAGCGGUUCCACGUGCGCGACCGCCGGGUGGAUCUCGCGUGGGACCUCUCCCGUGCGCGGUUCCCGUCCUCGGGCUCGCCGGAGCCGUCGUCUGGGUACUUCGUCGCCGUCGUGGUGGACGGCGAGAUGGCAGUCGUCGCGGGGGACAUGGUGGAGGAGGCGUACAGGAAGACGAAGGCGCGGCGGCCGCCUGGCCCGUGCCCCAUCCUCAUCUCCCGCCGCGAGCAUGUGUCCAUGCGCGACGGGAACAACGGCCGCGGGCACAGGACCUGCGUCACCGUCCGCGGCAAGGAGCGGGAGAUCUCGGUGGAUCUCGUGUCGCGCGGGCAGGGGCAGGGGCAGGGUCAGGGGAAGGAGAGGGACAAGGUCGAUGUCGGCAUGUCAGUCUCCGUCGACGGCGAGCGCGUGCUCCACGUCCGCCGGCUGCGCUGGAAGUUCCGCGGCAGCGAGAAGGUGGACCUCGGCGGCGGCGACCGCGUCCAGGUCUCCUGGGACCUCCACAACUGGCUCUUCCCCGCGCGCGAGACGUCGCCCCCAGACGCCGCCGCCGCGGUCGCUCCCCCGCCCGCGCACGCCGUGUUCAUCUUCCGCUUCGAGCUCGGCAGCGGCGGCGGCGAAGAGCCUGACUCGUCUGAGGUCAAGGAGAAGGAGCUGCUCGACAAGGCCGGGAGAGGCGGUGGCUGGGCCGGCUACGUUGGUAGGUGGGGCAGAGGGGACUGGAGCGAGAGCAGCAGCAAUGGCGAGAACCGGAGGAAGAGAGGGCAAGCGCGGAGGUUGGCGAAGGCGAGCUCCUCGUCGUCGGCGUCCUCAUCCUCCGCGUCCUGGGCGAGUAGCUCGACGAUCAUGGACUGGGCUAGCCCCGAGGAGGCCGAGCUGCAGCGCGGCGACGGCUUCUCCCUUCUCGUCUACGCCUGGAAGAACUAGUGUGAUGGCCUGAUGGGCUAAUGGCGGCGGCGGAAGCGGCUCGCCGGCAUUGUUUCGAUUGAUGAUUGGUUCUCAAUUCAGUGAGGAUUUCUCUUCCAAUUGUUGUAAGUUGCAAUUGUUCACCGAGCAAUGUUCUUGUGCAGUUUUGGGUGCUCAACUGACCAAAUCAUUUUUACAACUACAUUGACCACCAAAGAAAUGAAUAGCUAGAUAAACCAUAUUCUGAUCCAUGGUCUCUCGGAAUUAGGCGGCGAAUCGCUAAAUUCUACAAAUCAUGCUCAUUUCCUUCAUUUGGUAGCGCAUUGUGGACUUUCAAUUGGAUCUUAAUAUAGAGCUAAGUGAUCAGACAUUCAGGCCUAGUGGUUAUGACUUGAUCUCUUCACUUAAAACAACCAGCUGCUGCGCUUUGUUUCCCUUGUCUCCUGGGCCACUUGCUGAAAAGAUUGGAUUGUUCGGCUAUUAUGACGACGCCAAAUUUGAUCCCCAAUCAUGUGCUGAUAGAUGGCAAAAGCCGGGUUGUUUGGAUUGCGACGUUCACAUGCUGAUGCUUCGCUGGGAUUGUGGCUGUCAGUAGUUGUCUUGUUGAGUGGUUCAGGCUGGUGGUUAAGGCCUGCUUAAACAAUGACAAUGCAGUGGGGGCUCGCCUUGAGCGAAACAGUGUGCUGUGUGCAGCUCUUGGUAGGCUGUCACGGAGCGCUAACAAUGGGCUGAUGGUAUUUUGAAUUGCUCUCGGAGUGGAGGUUGGGAUCACAUUGUCAAUUUAAACCGAAGGAUUUGCACUGAAGGCCCCCUCCCCCCACCCACUUUGGUUUGCGAAAAUCGCAAUAUUGGUGUUGGAAUUUAACUCGGAUUCGAGGUGUCUAAUUCUGCAAAAAACAUGGAUGUCUGGAUAACAAUGAUGGGUUGAUGUCAAUCACUCUCUCGUUAAAAGAGAUUGUUGAGGGGACUUUGAAGAGGGCUUGAUGAAUUAUAUUCUUCCCUAUGAAGAGUAGAUGUUGAGGCACUAAUCUAGCUUAGAUGAGCGAUGCAUGCUUCACUGUCAAUGGUUUGCAAGAAAAAGAGAUGCAUAAGCUGGAGCGGUAGCUCAGAUUCAGACCCUUUUUGUUUUUUUGUUUUUUUAGAAACCGGGUUGUAUUUCAUGUAUUCCUUAAAACCAUUAUAAGGUUGUCCUUCCUUUUUUUA